AUGCGGACAACUUGCAGUGAUGCCAGCUCCACUAGGUCCUUAUAUCACGAUCACAAGAAUUCUAGCACAGUGAACACGAAUGACGAAAGGAGACAAAGACGUGCUGACAAUGUUAAAGCUGCUGAAUUACUUCUUUCCGAGGGAAAGGUCAAUGAGGCAGUUGAUAAAUUCAAGAGAGCCACAUCCAUCACUUCAGAACAUUUUCGCAGUUUGAACAAUGUUGAUGUGAUAGUAUCACCAUACGAAUCCGACGCACAGUUGGCGUUCCUUGUGAAUGAAGGUUUUGCUGAUGUGGUGGUCACUGAGGAUUCCGAUUUGAUUGCUUUUGGUUGCGAAAAAAUUAUUUUUAAAUGGAACUGCGAGAACGGAGAUUGCACGAUCUAUGAGAAGAAGGAACUACCGCGUUGUUUUUCUGGUGUUAUGAGUUCGCAGUUUGACUUCACCAAAUUCCGAAGAAUUUGCAUUCUUUCCGGUUGUGACUAUCUACAGGCGGGUUUACCAGGAAUCGGGUUGAAUAAGGCACUGUCAUUUUUUUCGAAAACCUCACGAACAGAUCUCAAAACGGUGGGUAAAGUAGAGGCUUGGACUCAGCAAUUGCAAAGUCAUCCCAACUUUCCAGCUCUUACCUCGUAUCCCCAGUUAUCUCAAUAUGUCCAAACUAACCGUUUCAAAGGAGUUUAUUCAAGAAUUCAUACGGGCGGAAAAUACUUUUAUUUAUCAGGUGAUCUUACUACUAUACACUAUUAUCUCUUACCUCGUAUCCCCAGUUAUCUCAAUAUGUCCAAACUAACCGUUUCAAAGGAGUUUAUCCAAGAAUUCAUACGGGCGGAAAAUACUUUCAUUUAUCAGGUUGUAUUUGAUCCACGUCAACGUUGUCAACGUCCACUAACGCCUUAUCCAUUUCCAGAAAAGGGGGAACAAACAGACGAAGUUGAUGAUGAUGUGAACAAUCUCCUCUUUAGAUUUUUCUCUUUUGCCAAUCCCAAUGAGAAGGAGGACUAUUCUUACGCUGGAGAGGUUCUCUCUUCAAAACUGGCUGUGAGACUAGCGUUGGGAAACCAGGUAAGCCCCUGCCUCCCUUUGGUAUACAGACAAGCCUGGUGA